AUGACGAGAUCUGUACCGGUUUUCGUUUCUUUAUUGCUUAUAUCCUCAACUUUACCAAUCGAAUAUAAUCAAGAAUCCGUAAGGGAUCGAAUAAAAUGUCAUUAUUCAAAUCUUCAUCACAUCCGACUAAACUUUGGGGACGAAGCUUUGGUACUUGCUACAAAUGCGCUAAUGGCUCAGAAGAUCAAUGCUGGAGAGAAAAGUUCGAUUACAAAAGGCAGAACAGAAAGUCUUCUUAGGUGGUUACGUAGUCAGAUCAAUAAAUAUUUAGGAUUGCAUGGAGACAUCACUGGUGGGAACGUUCGAGAAAUGGAGAUAGUAACGGUAAAUGACUGGUGA